AUGGUUCUCGCAAAGUCGAAGAAUGCCGUUGGGCUGGGAAACAGUCUGAUGAACGAUCGGUUUGGGAAAGGCAAAGGCGCAGAUCGCAAGAAGGUCACAACUGCAGGAAUUCACAGAAUCAACCAUACUACAGGAGAAUCGUAUGUCACAAGCGAGCGGAAAGAGGCCAGUUGGGUCAAGAUGAAGUCGGUUACCGAACAAGCAGCACUCGACGAAUUCUUGUCGACGGCCGAACUGGCAGGCACCGAUUUCACAGCAGAGAAGAUGAACAAUGUCAAGAUCAUUCAUACGGACCAGAAGAACCCAUACCUCUUGUCUGCGGCAGAGGAACGAGCAGCAGUUGGAAAGCAGAAAGCACACAAAGACAAAUUAACAGUUCCAAGAAGACCAAAAUGGGAUUCGACGACGACCCCCGAGCAACUUGACCGGAUGGAAAGAGACAGUCUACUGGAGUGGCGAAGAGGUUUGGCCGAGCUACAGGAGAAUAACGAUUUACUUAUGACCCCCUUCGAACGGAAUCUCGAAGUCUGGAGACAAUUAUGGAGAGUUAUCGAGAGAUCCGACCUUGUCGUCCAAAUUGUGGAUGCGCGGAAUCCCUUGUUGUUCCGAUCAGACGAUUUGGAGAGAUAUGUGAAGGACGUUGAUCCCCGGAAGGAGAAUUUACUGUUGGUAAAUAAGGCAGAUAUGUUGACCCUGGAUCAACGCAAAGCCUGGGCAGAUCAUUUUGUGGAAGUAGGCAUAUCUUACAAGUUCUUCUCGGCAAGUCUUGCGAAAGAGAUGAAUGAAGCUCGUGAAGAUGAUUCCGAGGAGGAAGACGACGCCGCCGGAGAGCCCGUUGGUUUAGCAUCAAAGCUUGCGGAGAAGGCUCAGAAGCUGGAUCUAGAAAGUGAUGAGGACGAGGAAGACGAAGUUGAUGGAGAAGAUGAAAGCACUCGAAUAUUGACAGUCCAUGAACUGGAAGCUCUAUUCCUGUUGCACGCCCCGGAAAAUGAAGACGCCGAUUCAGAGGCCCCCAGAAAAACACAAAUCGGUUUAGUCGGAUACCCCAACGUCGGAAAAUCUUCUACCAUCAACGCACUGAUCGGUUCCAAGAAGGUAUCCGUGUCUUCAACCCCAGGAAAGACGAAGCAUUUCCAGACCAUUCAUCUCAGUGAGAAAGUCUUGUUGUGUGAUUGCCCUGGUCUUGUAUUCCCAAACUUUGCAACCACAAAAGCAGAACUCGUCUGCAAUGGUAUCCUCCCAAUUGACCAACUUCGAGAAUUCACAGGUCCGGCAGGACUUGUAGCAAAGCGAAUCCCGCAGCCGUUCUUGGAAGCUGUGUAUGGAAUGAAGAUUACUACCAGACCUCUCGAAGAAGGCGGAACUGGUGUUCCAGCCGCAGAGGAAAUCUUAUUGGCUUAUGCAAAGGCCCGUGGUUUCACAAGAACCGGUCAAGGACAACCAGAUGAGUCCCGAGCAGCAAGAUACAUCUUGAAGGAUUACGUCAAGGGCAAACUUCUGUUCUGCGCACCGCCUCCUGGGAAUAUCGAUCCUCUCGAGUUCAACCGUGAGCUAUACGACGAGGGUCAUCUCCCAGAGAAGAGACGUCUGGCACUGGCAGCUAUGGAUUCGACGUUAGAUGGCCAUUCACUUGUCGACUCGGAGGUCAUCCCACAACAAGAAGGUAGCAAGUCGAAGAAGCUUGAUGGUGUGUUCUUCGGAGCAGGACAAGGUAACGCGGGUCACUUGAAAAUGCCUUUCAGUCACAAGUACACAGAGCAGGGCACAGCGAGUGGAAAGCAGCUCUCAGGCCGAAAGCAGAAGACCAUGUUAGCGCUGGAGAAGGACUUGGAUCCUAAUGAUGUCAAAUUAUUGACGAGUAAGAAGCAUUUCAAGGCAGGAACAAAAGGGAACGGGAAGCGAAGAGCGGAUUAUUUUGCCGAUUAA